GGCGCAUAACGUGGACUGAUUGGCUCGCUCAUGAAUCAAAGGAUAACCCGUCUACAGUGAGGAAGAGGGAGGUAGGCUACUCACUGUCCGGAUUAUACCAAAAACUGAGGGAGAGGGAUUCUCCCUUAUAGUCUCACAGUUUAUGAUCUGUGUCAUCAUUUGCGUGCAGAGCAUUAAAAACACUUCUAACAAAGUGCUAUGAAAAAAUACAUCCAGACAAAUACUGCGUUUAUUAAUAUUCAUCCCUUGAUGACAGAGAGACGGCGCUGACAAUACCCCCAUUUUUUGGCAAUGGACAAACUAUAACCAAAUAGACGGUUGCGCUCAAGAUAAUAAAUAUUAUAAUAAAAGGAGCGCUUUUAUUUCCCAUAUGACAAAAUGUCGGUGGCGUUUUCAUCGGUGCGCCCCAGGAGUAAAGGGGAGGUGACACAGCAAACGAUUCAAAAGAUGCUGGAUGAAAAUCAUCAUUUAAUACAAUGUAUAAUGGAUUACCAAAGCAAAGGCAAGACAGCUGAAUGCACACAAUAUCAACAGAUCCUGCACAGAAAUCUUGUUUACUUGGCCACAAUAGCAGAUUCAAAUCAGAAUAUGCAGUCACUACUACCUGCGCCUCCCACUCCCAACAUGUCCAUGGGUCCUGGGGGGAUGGGCCAGAGUGGGGGACACGCUCCAAGCAACCUCAAUGACACCAUGGCACAAGGACUGCCCCCCACAUCAAUGAUGCAAAGCCAAAUGAGCAAUGGCCCCAGCCAUGCCCCCAUGCAGCAGCAGACUGGUCAGGUGCAGUCGGCUCUCCCCUCCGCAUCCCUCAGCCUGCCAGCCAGCAGCUUCGGUAGCUCAGCCUCAGCAUCCGGCUACAGCCACCCUGCGCCCUCCUCCCAGGGCAGCAUGAUCCAAGGCCCUGGGCCUGGCUAUGGCUCUUCCUCCUCUUCUUCCUCCACAUCCUCAUCCUCCUCUUCCUCCUCUCGCAGCAACCUCAACAUGCAGUCCAACCAAGUUUCUAUGAUGCACCAACAAUCCACAGCUCCACACUACUCUUCAGCCCAGGUUGGGGGGCAACACUAUCAGGGACAGCAGGCCAUGGGCAUGAUGGGUCAGGGCACUCAAGGAAACAGUAUGAUGUCUCAGAGGCCCAUGGGAUCCUACCGCUCCUCACAACAGCCAGGAUCUGCACAGCAGUACAUGGGACAAGACGAGUUCUACGGAGAGCAGUAUGGACACACUCAGAGCUCCAGCGAGCCCAUAAACCAGCAGUAUUACCCUGAUGGUCACGGGGAGUAUUCGUAUCAGCAGUCUUCAUAUGGUGAGCAAAGCUACGACAGGUCCUUUGAUGAAUCUUCACAGCACUACUAUGAAGGAGGUAACUCUCAGUACAGUCAACAGCAGGCCCAGUAUCAGCAGGGCUCUGGCCAGCAGCAGCCCUUUAGUCAGCAGCAGUACUCUUCUCAACAAGGCUACAGCGGACAGUCACAGGGAUAUGGUCCUGGUCAGGGAGGAUCCUCCCAGUAUUCUCAGUAUCAGCAGGGUCAGAGCCAACAGUAUGGCUCCUACCGCUCCUCCCAAGGAGGUCCUGGAGGACAGGCGCAGAGGUCCUAUGCCUAUGAACAGGGUCAAUAUGGAAAUUAUCAGCAAUAAGUACUGCAUUGUUUCGAGGUUGGAGGAAAAAUGAAGAAGGAGUGGCUCAGCUGUGGAGUAGAUGAUCUAGCUGCAUCAGAUUUAUUAUCUUCCCACUAAUCAUCAUUCUAGCUACAGUAAGAAUAACUCAUCUACUUAAAUGUAAUGCUUUCGUCAUCUGUUUUGCUGAAUACGUUUGCUACUGUCCACCCUACAAAAAGUCAGGGUGCUUGUAGAAUCAAGACUGUUAAUGUAAAACCCUCCAUAUGGAUUAAAUAGGGAACUAAAAGGAGCAGGAAUGUUAGUAGAUGAACCCAAGCAAUUAAACUGAAUCCUUAUCUUUAUUUACUGUCUUUGCUUUUCCCGUAAUGUUUAUUUAAUUUCACAAGCUUUUCUUACCCUCCUUUUUUGGUGUGCAAAGCACAGUCCAACAAACAUAUGAGACUGUGGCCAUAAAAAGUAAAUUAGAUUUGAAAGAAGUGUUCCUUGUUACUUAUUUAAUAGUCUAGGUCCAGCUCUUUCUUUCAGUCCUAGUUCAGAUACUGUCACAUCUUACAACAAGGGGAAUUCAUUUUAAGAAGAAGGUGAAAACAUUGGUCCUUAAACCUGACUUGAUCCUGGGGUUUUGUCUGUGCUAGUCAAACUGUGAUGUGUUGCUGUGUGGUCUAACAUUACGUGUUUUCACUCUCUGCAUAUGUCUUACUGAGGUAAUAGGCAAAAUAGAUAGCGGACUGAUCCAGACAAAAAAAUAAAAGUGUGUACCAUUUUCCAUGGUAAUCCUACAUCGUGGUAGUAUUUUUGACACUAUAUUUUCAGUGGCAUUGCUCUGCACAGACAUGUUCUGUACUUUGCAGAGGUAAGAGGGGUCACACUGCUCUAAUGCCAUUCAGUAAUGAUUUUACAUUAAAACAAACAUAUUGCUACUUUGUCUGCACUUUAUUUUGCAGUGACAGUGUAUGUCUUGUCUGAUAUUUUGUAUUGUAGUGCAAUUCAGGCUGUUUUUAAUAAAUGAUUCUCAAAAAGCCAAAGUAACACAGGAACAGAACAGUAACGGGUCCUGCACCUCUACUUCAAUAAGUGCAAUACGCUCCGUCUGUCAUGUUGAGGUUGGUUCUUAUGGUGAGCUCACAUUUUUUGUAGUUUCUUGAUAUACAAUAAUGGCAAAGACUAUGGCUGGUUUGUCUAAUGUGAUGUUGCUGGUUUCAACUGACAUGUCAUAUUUUAGAAAAUGAUUUUAUGGACAGAUUAUGUGAAGUCUUUCUUCACAGACGUCAACCUUACUGCUUCAGUAUUCUUUUUCCAUUGAAAAUGUGUACUAUCGUAUUUUGUAUUAGAAGAAGAAAAUGUUAAAAUUAAGACAAGAUUUAGAUAUGUGUACAUGUCUUAAAAGCACACUUGCCUUAUUUUACAUUUCCUUAUGUUAUCUAUCUAUCUAUCUAUCCAUUUAUCUAUGUUGGGCAUAUAUCAUGUUGUUUUUAUUUAUUUAUUUUAUUUAUUGAGUUAUUUAUUUCUGGCCAUUUCACAGAGCACUGUUUCUUACCAUUGGAGCAGUAAUAAGGAUCAUUACUGUGACAGUGAGGGUCCAGCUUUGCAGUAUUUUCUCUAGUAACUCAACUUAUCUCAGAGGGGUAAAUUAACACAAUAGUUGCAGUAAAGAAUGCGAGAUACCUGGCUGUCAAACAGCUAAAUAACUAUGUACCACUCAACAGUGACAAUCACAGGAUUCUCUAUACUACACUGAAUUUGUAUUAGUGUUUCAUUUUGCUGUGAACUGAACUUGUAUGGCACAUCUUUUCCAGUUCUGUGUAGUGUGUCAUCACUGAUGUAUGUGGUACGCCUUGUUUGUGUGUGUGUGUGUGUGUGUGUGUGUGUGUGUGUGUGUGAGA